AUGUCCGAGCCAGCCGCUUCGACUUCAGAGGCUUCUGAGCCGGAAGUAAAGGAAGAAGAGGAGCCAAAGAAGAAAAUGCCAACAAUUGACGACUUCAAGCCGCCGCACGUGCCUCGACACAUCUUGUUGCGCGAGGAUGCGAAGGCGCGGUUAGCUCAGUGUAUUCGCCCGAGCAGCGGCCGAAUGACGCCCCAACUUGUCGCCCAGAUGAACGAGCUUUUUCCGACGGAACAGUCGUUGAAUCAGCUCGACACCGUCAUUUCCGCCGUUGACCGCCAGAUUGUCGAUAUUGAGAACGAGCUCGCCGAUAUGGUCGAAAAACAAGCCGAGGUUGAGCAAGAGUCCCAGCAAGCGUUGCAACAGGUCGUUGCCGCUAUGGGGCGCCUACAGACCAAAAUCGAGCUGAUACGUGAAAAGAGCCGUUCUUCCGAUCAGGUUGUCCGCGAAAUGACGCGCGACAUCCACCAACUCGACGUCGUCAAGCGCAAUUUGACGUCCUCCAUCACCACGCUCCACCAUUUGCACAUUCUGCUAAACGGCGUGGAUUCGCUUAGCAAUUGGAUCGCGAAGAAAGACUACGCGUCGAUCGCACGGGACCUUCCAGCUGUGCUGAACGUGCUGCAGUUGUUCGAUAAUUAUAAAGACAACGAGCAAAUCCGCAGCAUCUCGGAGCAGUUGGACAAGCUGAAGCACACCCUCACGCUGCAGCUGGCCGGCGAUAUGAAGGCGGCUUUCCAGGCCGGAAUUUUGAACGAGGAAGUGACGAACAUGUGCCGAGUGGCCGCCGCGCUCGAGGGAAAUGUGAAGGAGAAUUUUUGCCGAUGGUUUAUUGAUCGACAGCUCAGCGAAUACGGGGUACUCUACGCCGAAAAUGAGGAAGCCGCCUGGUUGGACAAGAUUGAGGACAGAUACAAAUGGUACGUGCACAAACUACUGGACUUUGAACGCACCGGUCUCGCCGCCAUCUUCCCCGCCGACUGGGAGAUGGGCAGGCUGAUGACGCAGCAAUUUUGUGCGAUGACUAGAGAAAUUUUCGGGAAGAUGCUGACGCGCCGACGACGUGAUUUGGACUGGAAAUUGCUUGGCAACGCCAUCCAGCACACCAAGAUGUUCGAGUCAUUGCUGGUGAAGCGCUUCCCGUCCAAGGGCGACCACAAUUUUGACAAGGCCAUCUGGCAAGUGUUCGACCCGUUCCUCGACGUGUUCGUCGCCGCGCAAGAAAAGACGCUGAAGGAGUUCGUGCACGGAUGCGCUGGAAAAAUUCGGAGCGGAACCGAAGGCCCCACCCGCGAAACUUGCGUCCACGCCGUCCCCCUGCCCUCCUCGGCCGACCUGUUCCUGCUGCUGAAGAAAGUGAUCACCGAGAGCAGCAAGUUGAGCAGCCAACAGGAUGCGUUAUUGAAAGACAUUGUCGGCGUCAUCCGGGGCUGCCUGCGCAAUUUUGCCCACAACUGCUUGACCGCUUUCUUGCCCCAGCAGCCCGUCAGCCAGUCCACGAUCGCCACGGCGGCGAACUUGUUCAACUUGAUCCGGGAGGAGGCGGCGCCGGUUAGGCUAACCCCCGAUCAACUCUUCAUGACCUGCUGCAUCUUAGCGACGGCCGACUGGUGCGCCGAGACGACGAUCCAGCUCCAGGAGAAGCUCGUCCAGAGACUUCCGACAUGUGACCUGUCGCAAGAGACAGAGACGUUCUACUGCAUCGCCAACUCGGCCAUCGCCGCCUUGGUCGGCGACUCGGAGAGCGCCUGCGAUGCCGCCAUUCAGGCGAUGAUCAAGACCAAUUGGCUUGGAAUCGAUAAUGUCGGCGAUGAGUCGCCGUUCGUUGGAUCCAUCCGGAAUCAUCUGCGCCAAACCGUGCCCAACAUUCGAGAUUUGCUGAGCGAUAGGCGCAAAUACUUUGCUCACUUCUGCCUGAAGCUCGCCACGCAGUUGUCGCAAAAGUUUGUCGCCUCGAUUUUCCGAUGCAAACCGCUGUCCGUUCAUGGUGCCGAGCAGCUCCUUCUCGACACGCACGCCCUGAAGACGUUCCUCCUGACGCUACCCUCGGUGGAGAGCCAGGUUCAAACGAAACCCCCCGGUGCCUACACGAAUGCCGUCAACACAGCGUUUACGAAGGCCGAGAUGGUGCUCAAGAUUGUAAUGCACGACACGUCGGCCACCGAGCAGUUCGUGCUCACCUACUGCAGCCUGUUGCCGCAGAGUGACGUACUCGAAAUGAAGGGCGUACGCCGCUCCGACCAGACCCCAAUCGUCACCGCGUUCCGCGCUCACCUCGGCAUCGAGGAGCCCCCAGCACCGACCCAAGCCCGCACCGCGACCGAGAUGCUCUCGUCGGUCGUCUCCGGAGCCGCGCAGUUGACCGCCGAGUCGAGUCUGCUCGACAAAAUUGUCCGAAAAUAC